CUUUCAAUCUUCACCUUAUUGUUGAGCGUGCGCAUAUGUUGCUGAGAGCGCUGCGCUACUUGAGCUUGCUGCCAGAGCAUCUGCGGCACCGCGGACUGCUCGCGAUCGGAGAAGACUCGCUGCGCCUGCCAUCUCGGCAAGUCUCGCUCGACGAGCUGCGCAGCUCAGCCACACAGGCAUUGAUUGACCGCAUGAUUGCCACGAUGCGGCGGACGGAGGGCGUCGGGAUUGCGGCAGUCCAGCUGGGCGACAACCGCGCGAUCGCGUGCAUCGAGUUCACUGCAAAGCACUUGGCGGAGGCGACCCCAGAGAUGGCCGCGACGCACAAGAUGGAAGCAGUGCCACUCACAGUCAUGGUCAAUCCGCGCGUGCUCAGGGCGAGCAGCGAUCUGGUCGAAGGCGCAGAGGGCUGUCUGUCCGUGCCUGGGAUGCAGGCGAUCGUCUUCCGGCCGAGACACGUCGCGAUUGACUGCCUGGAUCGCAACGGCGCACCGCAGACACUGAAACUCAGUGGCUGGAGUGCCCGCAUUGCCAUGCACGAGGUCGAUCAUCUUAAGGGCGAGCUAUUUACCGAUAAAAUGGAGCGGAAAAGCCUCGCCGUCAUGCACAAGUGGCUGCACUGGUGAAAAUCGCAUGUACAGUACUGUAGAGCUGGUCAUAAUAGUCAUAGUUUUAAUAAUCAUGGAGAUGGUAUCAUGGGAAA